AUGGUGAAAAAUGCCAUGUUACGAAACCGCUUCCAAAAGUUGAAAUCUUAUUUACACUUUGUGGACAAUGGAACUGUCAGUCAGCAUGCCCAGGAUCGAUCCUUCAAAGUAAAAGCUUUGUUUGCCGUACUCAAUAAUAAUUUUAUGAAAUUUGGACACGUCGUUGCAAAUCUAAGCAUUGAUGAAAUGAUCGUCAUAUAUUAUGGUAGGAAUAGUCUGAAACAGUUUAUCCGAGGCAAGCCUACACGCACUGAUCUUUUGAAAAGUCUUGGUGAACAGGGUUUUCGAGCUACAGGAACCAUACGAGAAAAUCGGAUAAACCACGAGUGUCCUUUAGAAGAAUCUAAAUCUAUGCGGAAGAAAGAAAGAGGCACGUCUGAUUUUGCAUUUGACGAGAAAUCUGAAAUUUUUCUGGUGCGAUGGAAUGAUAAUAGUACUGUCACUGUUGCUACAAAUUUCAGCACUUUAGAACCAUUCUUUGAUGUGAAGAGGCGAGUGAGAGGACACAAAGAUAAAUUUAACGUGAAGAUGCCAAAUCUGAUUAAUUCUUACAAGAAACAUAUAGGCGGUGUGGAUCACCACGACUGGUUGGCUGGACUUUAUUUCAUUAAAAUUCGUGGAAAAAAGUUUUACUGGUCAAUUUUUAUACGUUCUAUGAAUAUGGCUAUGGUAAACGCCUGGGUAAUUCACAAAACUCUGAACACAAAUGAAGCUCUAAACUUGAAGGAGUUCCGAAGAGCUGUAACAACAGUUUAUCUAAAAAAACUGUGA